CGUUGUUUCAGCGGACCGGGGCGAUUCAAACAAGGCGAGCCGGUGGUGGUGGCGGGGAUUGUUCUGGGCUCCUCCACAAAAGUGCUUCAUUUCGGCUGCUUCCACCCAUCCGUCUGAAACUUAUAUCCCACCGCAGCGCAGCAAUGUCCGGGAAGACCAAGAGCCGGAGUGCGGCCAACGCGGAGUCGAUCAGCGGCGGCGUGUCCUGCGACGAGCGCAUCCUGCGGGAUUGUCACCAGCUGUACACGGAUCCCAGCAGCGGGUUGAUUGCAGUGGCGGAAUCUGUUGGUGUCAAGUUGCUGCCGCCCAGAAAAAAAAUCACAGUGAUGCUGAUGGGAAACCACUCUGCUGGAAAAAGCUCCUUCAUCAACUGGUAUGUGGAGGAGCACAUUCAGCGCACUGGAGUGGCAAUUGAAACUCAAGGCUUCAGCUUUGUCACAAGCGGACGCAAAAGGGAGUCUCUCACAGGAAAUGCUACUUUUCAUCUCUAUCCACACUUCAAGCCUCUGCAAAAUUUUGAUGGUGUUUCGGAGUACGUGAGCACGGAGAUCUGCACGUCGAGACAGAAGCGCUUCAGUCUGGUGACGUUCAUUGAUUCGCCGGGCUUGGUGGACGGUGACAUGAAGUAUCCAUUUGACGUGGACCAGGUUCUUUUGUGGUUGGGUAAACUCUGUGACCUGAUUCUGGUGUUUUUUGACCCCAUGGGUCAGGCCCUUUGCAAGCGUACGCUCAACAUCGUGGACUUGCUGAACGAGGAGCACGGAGACCGGCUGCACUUUUAUCUGAGCAAGGCUGACGAGGCUGGCGGAGAGUCGGACAGACAGAGAGUGAUGAUGCAGAUUGUCCAGGAGCUGUGCAAGCGACCAGGGCUCAACAAAUGUGGAUUUGACAUGCCCACCAUCUACAUUCCAAACCCGAACAAGCCGAGCCGCUGCGUCAACCAGAUCGAGGAGGUUUGUCGCACCAUUGAGAAAACGAUCAACCAGACGGUUCAGAACACGCUGAAUUCCCUGGAGAAGGACUGUGAGCUUAUCAGCGAAGCCAUCACAGAAACACUCCUCCGGGACAGGCAGACCACCUCUGAGAACCGCCGUGCCCGCUGCAAGAGCUGGAUCCUGACCCUGCUGGGCUUCAGCAUCCCGCUGGCUCUGCUGGCUCUGCUGGCGCUGGGCACCAUGUCCCGGGAGCUGCUGUCCGAGGUCCUGGGUCCGCAGGGCUUCGAGACUCUAAACAUCUACACGACUCCCGUCAUCAGGCUGUUUGACUCGAUGUCUGUGGAGCAGCUUCUGUACAGCUGUGGGGGGAUGGUGCUGCUCUCCUUCCUGCUGAUCAUCGUUUCACACUACUUCUUCAGAAUUCGAACGACCAUGUCCGGAAAGCAGAAGCGGCAGCUGCAGGAGAAGCUGGACUACAUUCAGGAGGUCGUCAAGUCCAAAAAGAAAAAGCUCUAUGAAGAAUAUUUACGCCAGAGCGUCAGCGACCACGACAUGGACCUGUGAAGAACGACUGACCGAAGAAUUCCCGCGGCGACUGAAGACCAGAGGAAGUCCUGGAAUCGCAGAGAUUUCACAUCAGCAGCCACUUUACAAUUUCUUGUACGCACACGACACAGAAACACUUCCAUGUACUGGUGCUUAGAGUACUGUCGACCUGUUAGAUACCUCGGUACAAACUGAUCCUGCAGAUAAGAUGAGCUUUUGUUACUGAUCGCUUCCUGGAAGCAUUUCUACACAUGAAGUCUGUGCCUCUGCUCCUCUUAAAGAACUUCAGGCUUAUACCACUUUUAAAAUAUUUAAAGUUUUCCAAGCUAUUUAUAUUUUUGUUGAACAGCAUACAGCACUGGUUAGUGUGAGUCACUUUGUAUGAGCUCCUGUUUGCCAGCAUUUUCUACAGCACAUGCCUCGACUGCUCGGAAUAAUGAAGUUACAUUUUUAAGUGUUAUUCCUGUUCAUGUGACAAAAGUCUGUGGUUUAACAACCAUAUUCAAAUAAUUCUCCUCAUAACAGCAGCUGAGCAAUCAGAAAUGUUACUAGAGACCAAUUCAACUUUUUGUAUUUCCUUUCUACAUUGUGAUUUUGUCUUAAACUUAACUAAAUAAAGGUGAUGUCCAAAAUCUAA